CCGUGUGACAAAGGGAGCGCUUGAGUUAAAGCUGCCUGGACUCCGAAGAAAUAGGAGGAGCCUGGUUAAUACCAGAAAUGUCAAUCAGGCCAUCAACUCGGAAUAAUCUCUAUGAAUCUGUUAGGACCUGACCCGGCCACCUUCAGAUCAAUAGCAAGUUGGGAGAGAGGGUUCGGAUCGGUUACAGUGCGCGCCUGCAUGUGGAAACGUAUACUUUCGACUGACUCGCUUAACAUUAAAAAAAGGUGUUUUCUGCGGUCGCUCUCGCAUAGAGAUCCCUCCUCGCGGUAGUCACUGACCAUGUCGUUCCCACAACUGGGAUAUCAGUACAUAGCCGCCGCUAGGCCACUCUACCCCGACCGCCAGAGUCUAUCGUCGUCUCGGACUGCGGGCGAACUGACUGCGUCCGGCGCUGCCUCCACCGUGUUGACCAUGUAUGGUUCCCCAUAUGCGGCACAAGGAUACGGCGCCUUCUUGCCUUAUGCAGCCGACCUCCCCAUGUUCCCUCAACUGGGCGCCCAAUACGAACUGAAGGAAAGCCCGAACGUGCAACACCCCGGUUUCCCACACCACCACGCCGCUUACUAUCCUUACGGGCAGUACCAGUUCGGGGAUCCGUCCAGGCCAAAGAAUGCCACCAGGGAAAGUACAAGCACUUUGAAAGCCUGGCUGAACGAGCACAGGAAGAACCCGUACCCAACCAAAGGGGAAAAGAUCAUGCUGGCUAUUAUCACCAAAAUGACCCUGACCCAAGUGUCUACCUGGUUUGCCAACGCCCGGAGGAGGCUUAAAAAGGAGAACAAGAUGACUUGGACUCCGAGGAAUCGGACGGACGAAGAGGGCAAUUCGUAUGGGAGCGAGCCGGACAUGGAAGGGGAGAAAAAGGAGGACGAUGAGGAAAUCGAUUUGGAGAAUAUCGACACGGAGAAUAUCGAAAGCAAAGAUGACGAGGACGAACAGGACCCGGACUUAAACCUGGACUGCAAACUGGACGGCAGAAGCGACUCGGAGAUCUCUGACGCCUUUGACGACUUGAACGGUUCAGAGGACGGUUUUCUAAAAUCGGUGGUAAAAGGGAGCAGGGUGGCCGAGGAGAAGCGAGACGACCUCUCGCCAGAGGCUUCGGGACAGCCCAGUGGAGACCAGACUAAAAACAACGGCGAGAGGAAAAGCCCCGCGUCCCCCGCGCCCGAAAGCGGGUUGUCGAUGAACCAGAAACCAAAGAUCUGGUCUUUGGCUGAAACCGCCACGACCCCGGACAAUCCUCGCAAAUCCCCACAAAUCGGCGGUUCUCCCGUGGGUUCCGCUGCCACGUCGCUCCUGGGCCAACACAGACUAUUCGCCUGCCCCAUGGGGAAAUUUCAGAACUGGACAAACAGAACCUUUUCCCACCACCCCUUGGCCUUAAUCAAUUCAAAUCAUUUCCUCGGACUCGGCGCGGCUCAGGCGGCCGGCGUCCCCGCGUUCUGUACAGUGAGAGAGGGGCGGUCUCAGUCGGCGGAAUCUACCGUGACAGAUCGAAGCAGUGCCUUGGAAAUAGAGAAAAAAUUAGUAAAGACAGCUUUUCAACCGGUUCAGAGACGACCGCAGAAUCAACUCGAUGCGGCAAUGGUUUUAUCGGCGCUCUCCUCUGCAUAGUCCCUUUUGGCUUUUUUAAAACUUUAUUUUGUAACCAUUUUCUUGUUAAAUGGAAUGUAAAAAAAAAAUGUUCUCCCCCUGUACAGUUUAACCUGUAAGCAUGUAUGUGUAUUCAAUAAAAAAAAAUUGGUAAUGUAACACUGGCCGCGAAAAAAGGCGUGUAUCGAUUAGUUGAGUUGUGACAUGUGGAAUCCAGUUUUUAUUUUGUAAGUCGAGUGAAACAUUAGUUAUCACCUGGUGUUCGAAAUGUUUUUGUAUAUACCGCAAACAAAAAAUGUACAUACGUGUGAACGAAAUUGUACAAGAAAGUAUAUAUUUUUGGCUAAUAAAUGAACAGUUACGAC